AUGGCCGGCCGCGCUGAACGCUGGGACCGCGACCGCUUCAUGUACGAGCGGGAGCGUGACCGCAACUACGGAGACGACCGCCGCUUUUUCGAUGAACGCAGCCGCUUUGAGGAGCGCGACGACUACAGAGAUUACCCGCCCCCUCGCCGUGGCAGGGAACACUCCGAUGAGCGUUACGACCGUAGCGAACGUGGAUCCCGCCGCGGCGGCUACGACGAGGAAAUCGUUCGGGACCGCCGUUACUAUGAAGAGGAUCGUUACGCUCCUGGACCCCCUGGACCUGGACCUCGCCGUGGUGAGCCUUUUGAUCGCGAAUUCGAUCGUCGCCUGCACCUUGAAAGAGAGCGCCGUAGCCCUUCUCCCGUCCGCCGCCCGACCAUGGUCCGCCGUCAAUCAUCCCUCGACACUUACGACCGCAAACCCCUCCCUCGCUUCUGGGAGGAGCGCCGUGAGGAGUAUCCGGUUCCUGUCCGCAGAGAAGACAUCCGCCGCGAGGACUACAGGGCGCCGCCUUACGUCCCCAUCCCGCUGCCCCGCAGCCGUCAGCUCGCUUCUGCGCCUUCCCAGCGCUACGAGGAAAUCCAGAUUGCCGAGCCAGGCUUUUACGGCGAUGAGGAAUACAGGGACAUGCCCGAGCGAGUGAAGGAGCGCGAGGUCGUACGGUCGCGCAGACGCAGAGACCGCAGCAGAGAGUCCAAGGUCUCGAGAUCCACCAGGACAAAGUCGCACAGAAGCAGCUCCAGGUCCAGCAGCACCUCAAGCAGGUCGACCAGCACCAGCGGUGCCACAACCAUCCGCAGCGAGUACCCGAAGAAGGGCAAGACUCGUAUCCCUGCCCGCCUCGUUUCCAAGAGGGCCCUCAUCGACUUGGGAUACCCCUACCUCGAGGAGGGUAACACCGUCAUCGUUCUCAAGGCCCUCGGCCAGGACAACAUCGAUGAGCUCCUCAAGUUGAGUGAGGAGUACAAGCAGAGUGAGAUGGAAAUUGCCGCAGCUCGCUCUUCUGCCGGCAGAAUCGAGGAGCGCCACGAGGAAAUCUACACCAUUCCCCCACCCGUGGCCGCGCUCCCGCCGCCUCCGCCCGCCUCUGUCCACGCUCCUCCCCCACCACCCCCCGUUGUAGUAGCACCUAGCGCGCCUCCCACGGUGAUCGCUGCUCCAGCACCGCCGCCGCCGGCCCCCGUGGUUGUUGAAGCGCCGCCGCCACCACCCCCAGCCCCCGUCGAGGAGGUUUAUGAGAGAAAGAAGACAACGAUCGUUCGUGACGUCUCGCCUGCCCGCUCGUACACUACGACGACCUCAGGCACGACCGGCACCGUCUACGAGCGCCGCGAAAUCAGUGAGGAAAUCCCCAUCGGACCCAUGGCCAUCGCCGAGCGCCGGCGCAGCCGCUCCCGCUCUCGCUCCCGUAAGAACAUCCGCAGCGAGAUCAAGGCCCUCGAGGCCGAGCUGCACGCACGCAAACACGGCCGCGCUCACUCCCACGGCCGCGAGCUCGUCCGCGCGGAGCAGAUGCCCGACGGAGCCGUCGUGCUCUUCGAGGAGAAGGUCGAGAAGGUGGAGGAGCCGCGACGCGGGGUGCGGAUUGAGAAGGACAAGAAAGGUAGGAUGGCCAUCAGCGUACCAAAGUACUACUAA